ACUAAAAUGAAACCGAGAGAGAACUUAAAAGUACUUCACAAGUGUAUUAGGCUAGCCACAAACCUAAAGUAAACACAGCUUGCUGAUAGUGUUUAGUCACAGCGUGUGAGAGUGUUCCUUUUAGAAGAAAAAAAAUCUCGGUUAAAUCAGCCGGGGCGACUUGGAGUAUUCGCAUUAUCCAACAAACAAAUAAACUGUAAACUGGAUGUUAUGUUGCUCACGGAUAAAGUGGACGAUUUAGGCUAUUCGUGUAUGUUUUAUCUAAUGUUUAGGGAGUUUAUUUAUAAUGUUUAACAGUUUUGUUAAUACAUUCUGCUUUGUGAUGAAAACGAGGCGAGGCGAAGCAGAUGCUCGGUAGACUGGGAGUCUGCAGCGUUUUCAAGAGAAGCCUGGUAUGUCUGGCCCCAACUGGCUGCCUCCAAAAACCCUGGGUAGCCCAGAUAGAGCCACAGCACCAAUGUCACACUCUGGCCCCGCUCUCUACAGACCUCCCAAGAAAGGUCUGCCAGACCAGAGGCCCAAAUAUAACAUGUAUGACCAGAAUGGUGGAAUGGGAGGAAAUGGAAUGCCUGUAAGAUAUAUGGCCACUGGACCUUCAGGUGGAACCAUGCAACACCAACACCAACAUCAAGAUGAUCGCUCAGGGUCUACUACCUACAACCCCUUGUCUCCCCAAUUAGGAGACCGAUACUAUUCUCCAGGCCAGGGGCCCAAAGAAGACCACCACACAUGGAACCCCCGCAUGGCCAGCCAUGAACUUCAUAAUCGGGGAUCAGAGAAGCACAUCUCUGCUAUUGAUGCAGAGAUAGACUCUCUUACAUGCAUGCUGGCUGACCUGGACAGUCACCCUCAGAACUCAAGCACACAGUUGUAUGACAAUGUGCCUUACAGCAAGCACCUCCCUAUUGACCGCUAUAACCCUCCUAACCAAAUGGGGGCUCCACCAUCAAGCAGGCCCUCAAUGGGCUACCCCCCUCCACUCCAAAACCAGUACCACCCCGCCCCACCUUACACCUCUACCCCUCAGCCAGAAUAUGUUUACUCUUCGGCCGCCUCUUCCGUCCACAAACCUUACCCACAACCGGUGCCUGCCUCCUACACCACCGCCUCUACCCCUACUGGUCCACGCUUCACCGUACAGGUGAAAACGGCUCAGCCCGUCACCUAUUCACAAAGCGGCCGACAGGCAGAGCAAGCUUACACCCCGCCACCACCCCGUCAGCAUGCCUCUCGUCCCCCUCAGCAAGAACGGCCACAUUAUGAGCCACAGGGACAGGCCUGGUACCCACCGCCUCCACCUCCUGUACAAGAACCCCAUGGAGAUCCAGCUGCCUAUAAGGGGGGAUCAGGUAAUAUGUCAGGAGGAAGAGCCAGCCAGGGACCGCCGGUGAAAAAGAGUCAAGACCAAGUGUCGGCAUAUCAAUCUAGCAAGCAGGUGGCAGCACCACAUCCAGAGGAAGAGUUGGAUCGACUCACCAAGAAGUUGGUGUAUGAUAUGAAUCAUCCCCCUACUGAGGAAUAUUUUGGUCGAUGUGCUCGGUGUGGAGAUAAUGUUCUGGGAGAUGGCAGUGGCUGUAUCGCUAUGGAGCAGGUGUUUCAUGUGGAGUGUUUCACCUGUAUCACCUGUCAUGCCCGUCUGAGAGGCCAGCCCUUCUAUGCACUAGACAGGAAGAGCUACUGCGAGAGCUGCUACAUAAGCACACUUGAGCGCUGUUCGAAAUGCUCUGAGCCCAUCCUAGACCGGAUCCUGAGGGCGAUGGGAAAGGCUUACCACCCUCGCUGUUUCUCAUGUGUGGUUUGCGGCUGUUGCUUGGAUGGAGUGCCUUUUACUGUGGAUGCCACAUCUCAGAUCCACUGUAUUGAGGACUUUCACAGGAAGUUUGCCCCCCGCUGCUCAGUAUGUGGCAAGCCCAUAAUGCCAGAGCCUGGGCAGGAGGAGACAGUGAGGAUUGUUGCACUGGAUCGCAGUUUCCAUGUUAACUGCUAUGUUUGUGAGGAUUGUGGUCUUCUCCUCUCUUCAGAGGGCGAGGGAAGAGGCUGCUAUCCCCUGGACGGACACAUUCUGUGCAAAGGCUGCAGCGCCCGUCGCAUCCAAGAUCUCUCUGCCAAAAUCUCCACUGACUGCUAAUGCCCCCGUCACUCUGUUCCCUUUUCUCUCUUCAUGGUUAUUCUUAAGAAUGUACCACUAUCUGAACAUCCACCACCUGGAUUUUCUUCCAUCCUUGACUUUACCUGUUGAUCGCACAAAUAAUAUGAAGACGUCCCUCUCAGGUUAGCAUAGAGCUGAAGAGAAAUAAAAAUAGCUCUUGCGCUUAGAGUAGUUUCACUGGAAAGCCGUUUCCUCAAGAAUAUAGAAAAACAGGUGGUGAAUGAAUUACGAUGGUGUUUAUAAUCCUUCAUACAAAAUGUGAGUCUCGUGAACAGGGUGCAUUUCUGUCUUUAGAGAAGCAGUCGCUUUUACAACACCAAAAUUAUAACCUCUAAUGGAAAUAUAGUUAACAGUCAGUUUCCUCAAAUAACGCCCCAAUUCUGCUGGCAGUUGGGGUCACUUCACAAUGUCCCCAUUUCAGAUCAUCUCUUUUUUUUUUCUUGAAUAUCCAAUGCUCAUUAUUUUAAUACUUGAAAUCAUGAUUGUUGAAGGAUAUUAUUACUGUAUUUCAUUUACUGACUUGAUAUUAGUUUAUUAUCAUUACGUUCAUCAGGAUGCUAAUGAUAAUUCUGGUAAAAGGUGGGAAAAGUUUAACACGGGCAGCUGUUUUGUUCUGUUUUCCCUGCUUUUUCUAGCUCAGUCGUUACAAGACAGGUGUUGUCAGGUAGGAAUAAAGGAUCAGUGUAUUUAAUGACCACUUCAAUGAAGGAAAUCUUUUGACAGGUGUAUGUUGGAUCAGUUUCAUUGUGCAAAGCUGAAUAGCUGCAGUAAAGUUUGGUUUUGGCAGCAGGGUGGAUCAUUUUCAAGGAGUUUGAAUAAUGAGAAAUAGAGAGCGAUUAGGGAAAGGAAUCUACUAGGUGGCUUCUCAUUAGAAAUAGGACAUUUCUUAUAACAUCGAGGAACUUAGUCGCAAUUUUGUUGACUAACAGAAGGUAAAUGGUCAAGUAUGAAGUUUACAAGGAGGUAAAGUAUGUAUUAGAUAUAGUUACACAUCUGACUCUUAUGUGGAGAUUGUUACUGAUUGGCUUUAUUUUUUUUUACAUCUCUUUUCUGCUUUAUUUUGUCAAAUGCAUUUUUAAUUGUGUUAUUUGGAUAAUGUGUAGCAGCAAGCAUCCAUUGCUUAAUGUCAUUAUAUAAAAAGGUUUCAAAUAAGGUGUUGAUUGUUUGAAGCGGAAUAAUAAAGUGCGUGUUUGCGCUGACAAAUAGUUACAAUUAUCUAGAAACUAAAAGCAUAAAGUGGUUCA